AUGAGUAAAACAAGUGAGUUCAAUACCGACGAAGAAAGUGGCAAAGAUAUCUCGAAGCGAUUUCGGGCAGGAUGUUGGAAGCCAAUUUUAUGUGGAUUUAUUGUCGGUGCACUUUGUGCUGGAAUUGCUCUUGGUGCUCUAAUUACACAAUAUAUUCAAGAUCUACAAAAAACAACAACAACGACGACGACGACGACGAUAUCAAUUGCUACAGGUCUGAAAUUCACAUUUCCAUACUUUAAUAAUAUCGGUGCUUAUCUAUUUCUAGUAUCAUUAACUCAGAGUGGAGUCCAGCUAGAUUUCGAUCCAAAUUCAUUACCAAGUGGAUGGUCAUUAUGCUAUAAUAAUACGUAUGCAGACACCAUGGAUCAGUCAAGUCUUUCCACAAUAUUAUCUUCAUGCAACAAAACCAAAUUGCUACUUGGAUGUCGGCAAGUCAAUACUGUGAAAUUAACUGUAGCAGCAAUGGGUAAUCGAGCUGACGUUCUUUAUGAUUGUAGUACUACAGAGAAUUGUACUCAAAUAGCCAAUGGUGUUGGAUGGUAUUAUUCUGAUUCAUAUUCAUGGGGCUUUGUAAAUGGUUCCGAUGCUGUAGAACGAAACAGUUGUGAUACAGGAUCAACAAAUGACGCUUAUCGUUUAUGUUGGCACACGGAUGGUGGGAGCGGGGGAUACAGAUGUGGAACGACAACUGGCUUGAAUUCGGAUACAACUUGGGAAAGAAUCAUUUAUCAUGCUAAUUGA